AUGGCGACUACUCCACCACCUCCGUCGUUCUUGAGAACUCCCCCGACCCCUCGACAUGGCCCUGGAUAUGAUCAAUACGAGCCUUAUUCUACGCGUCACUCGGCCCGUCUAGCUAGCCAGCGCACUUCAACAGAAUCCCGCACAACUCCUCCGCCAUCCUUUCCUGUUUCCCAAGGACGUGGUACCUCGCGAAGCACGAAGAAGCAGAAGACAGCUGAAAUAGAAACUCUCUCACCUCCCGGGUCACCAGGGAGCCCUCGGAAGAGGAUGUCGGGUCGGAACACUGCAACACAACUCGAUGAUGCGGACACAUUCAACACCACCAAACCCGCUCAAUCUCAAGCCUCCCGUCUUUUCAGGUCGACGAUUACAGAAGGAAUGCUUCCCACGCCGGCCAAAACACCACGGAAAAAGGUCGUUGAUAAUGCCGGCUCAACAGCACGAGUGUUAUUCCCCACACAGUCGGGUCAAAAGAAGAAGAAGAAACAAACGGGCUUUUCAUUAGACAGUUUCACCGACGACGCUUCGCAGGGUGAUUCUAUCCAAAUAUACACCGAUUCCCGUGAUCGAAUCCCCGAAGUCGAUGCAAGCGAAGAAAACCCAUUCUACCAAAAACCAUCCGCCAGCCCAAAACCUCGCCCGUCGAGGCGCAAGGCCGGAAGCCGCGACAAAGAAGUCGAUGAGGCUCUCAAGCGUGAAGACGGUAUGGUCUACGUCUUUCGAGGCAAGAAAAUGUUUCGCAAGUUCAGCGACGAUGUUGGCAGUGAUGAAGAGGGAGAAGAAGAUGAUGAUGAUCUGGGAUUACUGGCUUCUCGGCCUGAUCUACUGGACUCGGCCGUUCUAGAGAACAACCGACCUUUGACUCGCUCCUCGAUCAAGCCCCGUGUGCUAUUCCCCAGCACUCGUGGAGGUGUAGCGCAAGGGAACGACGACGCAGACGAGGAAGCAGCUACCGAUAUUGAGGAUCAUGUCCUUGAUGACGCCGAUUCUGCAGAGGACCUGGAUCAUGUUGCCGACGAGCAAACCACUCCACCCGCAAACUCUAAUGUUGAAACUCCUGGUUCACCUGGAGCUUCCAUACGAUCCUUGCGAUCUCGGGCUAAGCGCGAGCUGGAAAUUGGCGAGACCCCAACCGCAUCUGAAGCCAAGAAGAAACAUAUCAGUCCAUUCGACGGCUGGCUGCGAAAGAAGCAGACCCCUCCUGUUGCAGCGUCCAAGGCCAAAAAGCGCGAUGCAGAUACUGUAGGCAACCCUAGUGGGCCUGCCCCCAAAAAAACCCGGGGAAAUCGAGCUGCCGUUUCUUCAUCGUGA